AUGAUCGGGCACAUGAUCCUGAGGAGGAACUCCAGGGAAACGGGAGGUUCCAGCGCCGCCAUUUUGGGACUCAAAGUGGUGGGAGGCAAGAUAUUAGACAAUGGUAUGAAAGGAGCUGUGAUAGAAAAGGUUAAGAAGGGGAGUAUCGCCGAUGUUGAGGGACAACUUCGCGCAGGCGACGAAGUAAUAGAAUGGAACGGGAGAUCGCUCCAAGGAAAAUCCUACCAAGAGGUAUCCGACAUCAUAGCGGAGAGCAAGCACGAAACCAGCGUUGAACUGAUAGUCUCCAGGAGUUUGGGGGGAAGAAGAAUGCAGGCCCAAACCGGAUGGAGGCAGAGUGGAGCCCAGAGAGGUAGGCACUUGGGCAGCUGUGCCUCGCGAGGUGGUCCAGCAGACUGGCCUGCGGACCCGCACGACCGUCCGCACGUUCUGGUGACGUCACCGCCUCCCGCCAGUCCGCACCACGCCCUAGACUCCGCCCAUCAUCAACAGACCGCCCUAAUGGGCGGGAUUUCAGGUAGCGUUGGAGGUCGUCUACAAGUGAGACUGGGCUUUGACGCGUUAGCCCUCCAGUUGUUAGUGACGAUAGUGUGCGCUACAGGUUUGGUACCAAGACCGACCCGAGGCCAGGCGAGGAAUCCUUACUGUAAAUUAUUUUUGUUACCAGAUCGAUCGGAAAAAAGCAAGCGACGGACGAGGACGUUAGCAGGUACUUUAUUUUCUUGA